GGAAAUCCUUUGCCAGGCUCCCUUCUCAACCGGUCCUGGGCGGCUGGGAGCCCUUUGAAACCAGUGAUUGCAACCCCAAAUUAGUAGUAGUAGUAGCAGGAGGAGGCGGCGCCGGCAGCGCGAGAGAGAGCAGAGCAGAGCAGCUUUCCGCGGGGGACUUUUUUCUGGUUUUUCCACGGCUUCUCUUCGCCUCCCCCACCAGCCCAAGGCAUGGACCCUACGCGCCGGCCGUCCUGGUCCCCGCUGCUCUUCACCCUCCUGCUUCUGCUGCCCUCCGGCCGGGGACAAGAAGCAUCAAUGGAGACCUGCUGUUCCCGUGGAUAUGAAUGGGCAAGUCAAAAGAAAGACUGUAGGUUUCUCUCUUCAGAUCGGGAUUCCAAGGAAUGCAGGAUAGCCCAGGAAGAGUGUUGCCUCAGUCAGCUGGAGGUGUUGCAUUGCACUACCGGAAUGGCCAUUGCUAGUAAGCAAGAAAAUUGUGACUUGCCAAGGGAGAAUUCCACCUGUGAAGACAAGAUCAUUAAGAAAUGCUGUCACUGCUGCUUUUUGGGGAAAGAGGCCCAGAAACAAGGCAAUAGCUGUGAACAGAGCCUCUUAAUGGGUUAUCAGUGUGGAUUGGUGUUCAGAGCUUGCUGUGUUGAAGGGCAUGAAAACUCAGAUGCUGGGAUUGUUGACGGUCCUAACAAAGAAGUGGUGGAAAUUAACCUUGAGGACCAUUACCUGAAUGACCGUUGCAGAGGUGGAGGACCUUGUACCCAACAGUGUAGGGACACAGGAACUAGUGUCCUCUGUUCUUGCUUCAUGGGCUACCAGCUUCAGCCAGAUGGCUUCACCUGUGAAGAUAUUAAUGAGUGCAUCACUGCAGCUAAUGCCUGCAGCAUCGGUCAGAUGUGUGUCAAUACUAUGGGCUCUUUCCGUUGCCAGCGGGAGACUAAUUGUGGCACAGGUUAUCAGCUGACAGACUACAAUCUCUGCAAAGAUAUUGACGAAUGUGAGACUGGUAUUCAUAACUGCCUCCCCGAUUUUAUCUGUCAGAAUACGCCAGGAUCAUUCCGUUGCCGGCCCAAACAACAGUGUAAGAUCGGCUUUAUACAAGAUGCUCUCGGCAAAUGUAUCGAUAUUAAUGAAUGUUUGACUCUUGCUGCUCCUUGCCCUGCUGGGCAGGCCUGCAUCAACACAGAUGGCUCGUUUGCUUGCCAGAGGAAUGUCCCAAACUGUGGAAGAGGCUACCACCUGAAUGAAGAGAAGACCAGAUGUGUUGAUGUAGACGAGUGUUCAGGGUCCCCCCAACCUUGCGGGGAGGGUCACACCUGCAUCAACUCACCUGGGAGCUAUCGUUGUCAGUGCCAGCUGGGCUACCAUUUUGAUGGGAUCAGCAAAACUUGUACAGAUAUUAAUGAAUGUCGCCGAUACCCUGGUCGCCUCUGUGCUCAUAAGUGUGAAAAUACUGCUGGGUCCUAUUAUUGUAGCUGUACAAGGGGAUUCAAACUGUCAUCUGACGGGAGAUCUUGUGAAGACAUAAAUGAGUGUGAAAACAGCCCCUGCAGCCAAGAGUGUGCCAAUGUCUAUGGCUCCUACCAGUGCUAUUGCCGUCGCGGCUACCAGCUCAGUGACGUAGACGGGGUCACGUGUGAAGAUAUUGAUGAAUGUGCUUUACCAACGGGGGGACACAUCUGUGCUUACCGGUGCAUCAACGUGGCAGGGAGUUUUCAGUGCACCUGCCCCCCUUCGGGUUACAAGCUGGCUCCCAAUGCACGGAACUGCCAGGAUAUUGAUGAAUGUCUCACUGAAACGCAUUCCUGUUCACACAACCAGACCUGCUUUAAUAUUCAGGGAGGAUUUCGCUGCCUUUCUCUGGAGUGCCCGGAGAAUUACCGCAAAUCUGGAGAUAAAGUCAGACAUGAGAAGACAGAUACCAUUCGCUGCAUUAAAUCCUGUCGACCAAGUGAUGCCAACUGUAUCUUAGACCCUGUUCACACAAUUUCCCACACCGUUAUCUCUCUGCCCACUUUCCGGGAAUUUACGAGACCAGAAGAAAUUAUUUUCCUUCGUGCCAUCACGCCAGCGUACCCGACCAAUGAGGCUGACAUCAUAUUUGAUAUAACUGAAGGAAAUUUACGGGAUUCUUUUGACAUCAUCAAGCGCUAUGCAGAUGGCAUGACUGUGGGGGUCGUCCGGCAAGUGAAACCUAUCAUCGGUCCUUUCUACGCCACCCUGAAGUUGGAGAUGAACUACGUCGUCGGAGGGGUUGUCUCACAUCGUAACGUUGUCAACGUGCACAUCUUUGUUUCGGAAUAUUGGUUCUGAUGGGCUGUUUAAUGAAGAGAAGAGAGCAUCAAAGCGAAACUCCACCACUGGAAGCUCUGUAUUCAUGGUUUCGGGUAUGGGGGAGGAUGUGUAGAAAAAGGACCACAUAGCCUUCUUUUCCAAGGAUGUAAUCUGGUUUCUAGCUUAAUUGCAGGACAAAUAGCAAACAAUCUAAAAUAGAAGUAGGAUAUCAAGGCCUGUAAAUUCACGGUAGUUAACAUUGUGUUGUAUAUACAGUAUGAUUAUGAUUAUUAUUAUUAUUUGCGUCUGGUGGCUCUUGUUGAGUUUUAAUCUCAGCUGUUUUUUUAAGUGCUUGAGACUGGGUUUGGCAGAUCUGAGUCUUGGCUGUCUUUGAUGCUUCCACCUCCUUGAAGUUUUUACCUGGCUAUGAAUUCUUCUUUAAAUUGUAGAACUUCUUUUUUUUAAAAAAAACUAAUCUGGAAUCAGAACUAACUCCAGCUGAUUGGGUUCCGGUAGUGGAAAUGGCGACUUGGGUCUCCUAACCAGUAGGGAUGACGUGUUUGCCACGCCCCCGGACCAGUUUCCCGGUCGCUGCAACAUCUUUUUCCCCCCAUCUUUUAAAAUCUUCUGCGCAUGCGCAGACCUAUUUAUAGGCAACUUCAUGUGCGCAAAAUCACUUCCGCACCAAACCAGCAGUAAUGCCGGCAGAUACUCACUCCCGGUUUCUUCCUACCGGCAUUGGACCCCCUAAUUCCAAGUCACCAACAGUAAUAAGUCCAGGGUAUUGUUUAGUAAUAUUUCAGAUCCCUGUUUUACCUGGCUGUGUGCUUUGGUUUCUUUUAAAAUUUGAGAACGUCAUUAAAGGAACACGGGACAACAUGGGAAGAGAAUGGUAGAAAACUGAGUCUUUUAGUGCCCAGGGAUCUUCAAGUAGACAAAGCACACUCUCUUUCUAAUGCUGCAGUCACACUGAAAUAUGUAUCUCAAUGCAAGACGAUCGUGGAUUGUUGGUGGUAUUAAUAUUACCGGCCUCUUGCUGUUCAAAGAGGAGACAGAGUCUUCAGCUCACAUAAGGGCCCCCUUUGGGUCCCUUUAAAAAUUAAUCUCCCUUGAAAUGUUAGGUGUGGAACAUGCUUUGUUGAAAGCGCUGGAAGCCCCCACGUAUAUAUGACUUCCUUCUUUUCUGCAAUAAAACAACUUACCUUGCUAUUUCUGCUGUCAGCUGAUUAAUGAAUGCAGCUUUGUGUUUUAGCUCAGCUGAAG